AUGGAUCUGCUCAUCCGACCUGAAAGUAAAGGAAUUCAUUAUGAGGGUUAUGAUAACGAAUUCAUUCAAUGCGUUUUUGAAGAUGCCGAUAUUUCCGGCCGCAAUGAAAGAUACGAAUUUCGAUGCCGGCCAGAUUUAGAAUGUUGUGGGCGAUUAUGUUCAUUUUAUUUAGCAAUAUUUCACUCUUUGCUUCCUUUUUUUAAAAAAUUCACAAGAAAAUUUUUGAAACUUUUAAAUGGUAUAAAAAAUAAGUAA